AUGAUUAAAAAUUUAAAACAAAAAAUUAAAAAUAGAUUUUCAUAUUCAUUAUUAUCAGAGGAUGAUAAUACUGAUUAUUUCAGUAAACCGUGUCCUGAGGAUAAUGCAACAUUAUGGCAAAGAUUUACAUUUGGUUGGACAGAAAGAAUGUUAAUGACAGGUUAUUUCAAUGGUCCACUCGAAAUGAAAGAUGUUUCAGAUUUACCUGAUAGAAAUAAAGUUAAUAUUACAGCACCUUUUUUGGAUACUAUUGAUUAUAAUUCUAAAUAUCCAUUAAUUAAACAAAUCUAUAAAGAAUUUGUUUCAAGAAAUAAAAUUUCAGUUGCAACUAAAAUAUUUGUUGCAAUUGUAUCAAUUCUUUCACCAUUAUGUUUAAAAUAUUUUAUUUAUUAUAUUAAAUUAGAUGAAUCACAAAAAACAUUUAAAUUUGGAUUUCUUUUAUGUGUUUUAUUAUUUCUUAGUUCAUUAUCAUUGACAUUAUCACAGCAAUAUGGUUAUUGGUUUGGUUUACAAACUUCACUUCAUGCUCGUGGUGCAAUCACUCAAAAAAUAUUUGAAAAAACUUUAAGAUUAAGUAAUCAAGCAAAGAGACUAUAUAAUUCAGGUACAAUUAUGAAUAUUAUUUCAGUUGAUGUUGGAACUUUUUCAGAUUUCUUUUGGAAUAAUCAUAUUGAAAUUUUUGUAUUUCCAUUUCAAAUUUUAGCAUUAUUAAUAUUAUUAUGUUGGAUUGUUGGAUUAAGUGGUUUAGUUGGUUUUGGUGUUAUGGUUGUAUCAAUACCAUUAUGUACAUUUUUAAGUACAAAAAUUGCAAAGAAUUUAAGAAUUUCAUUAGGAUAUGCAGAUACUAGAUGUAAUUUAACAUCAGAAUUUAUAAAUGGUAUUAGAUUUUUAAAAUUAUAUGCAUGGGAACAAUUAUUUUUAGAUAGAAUUGAAGAACAAAGAACUUUACAACUUAAAUAUUUAUAUAGACGUGCAAUUUAUUGGAUUUUAGAUAGAAUGAUAACACAGGUUACAUCUGCAUUAGUAUUAGUUGCAACAUUUUCAACAUAUGCAUUGACAGGUAAUCAAAUGACAUUGGAGGUAGCAUUCACCGCAAUGACAAUUUUCGUUAAUCUUAGACGUCCAUUAGAGAUGUUACCAGAAGCAAUUCACAGAGCAUUAAGUUUAAUACCGUCAUCAAAAAGAAUUGAAAAUUUUUUACAAUCACCUGAAAUUCAAGAUCAACCAUUUUUAGAACAAUAUUCAAAUAAUAAAUUAUCAAUUAGAAAUAAUAAUAAUAAUAAUAAUAAUGUUUCAUCAACAUCAUCAAUAGCAUCAUCAGCAUCAUCAAAUGAAUUAUUUGAUGUUAAAAUUAAUAAUGGUACAUUUGAUUGGAAUGAAAUAGACGAUUUAGAUAGUGGUAUGAUUAUUAAUGAUGUUCGAGGUUUUGCAAUUAGUAGUGAUAUUAAUGAUAUGGAUGAAAUGAUAUUGGGUGAUGAAAAAGUUGGUAAAUCAAACGAUACAAAUAAUGGAAUUGAAUAUGAUGGUGCAGUACAACCAUCAUCAUCUUCAUAUGUUUUAAAUAAUAUUAAUUUCAUUGCACCAGCAGGUAAAUUAACAGUUAUUUGUGGUAUUGUGGGUAGUGGUAAAACUAGUUUAGUUAGUGGUUUAAUUGGUGAAAUUUAUAGAGUUAGCGGUUCAGUUAAUAUUCCAAAUAAUAUUUCAUUUACAACUCAACAACCAUUCCUUCUUAGUACAUCGUUGAGGGAUAAUAUUCUAUUUGGAAAACCAAUGAAUAUGGAACGUUAUAAGAAAGUUAUUGAUGCAUGUUGUUUAACACCAGAUUUAUUACAAUUGGCAGCAAAAGAUUUAACAGAAAUUGGUGAACGUGGUAUUAAUCUUUCAGGUGGUCAAAAGCAACGUAUUUCAUUGGCACGUGCUUUAUAUUCAGAUUCAGAUUGUUUUAUUUUAGAUGAACCAUUAUCAGCCGUUGAUCCAGAAGUUGCAUCACAUUUAUUCGAUCAUUGUAUUCAAGGUAUGAUGAAAGAUAAAACACGUAUUCUAGUAACUCAUCAACUUCAAUUCAUUCCAUCCGCUGAUCAUAUAAUUGUAGUUGAUAAUGGUGUUUUAACUCAAGGUACCUAUAGUGAACUAAAAGAAAAAGGUAUUGAUUUUGAAUCAAUUAUGAAAACAAAGAAAUUAAAUAUUGAUGAAAAUGAUCAAUCAUCGACAUCAACAACAGAUAAAAAAAGUUCAACAUCAUCAUCAUCAUCAGAAUUAAAAAAAUCAACAUCAUUAUUAAAUUCAACAAAAGAAUUAGAUAUUAAUACAAUUAUUAGUGAAAAGAAUGAUCCAAAUUUAAUUGAAAAAGCUAAAUUAUUAGUAAAAGAGGAUAGAAAUGAAGGUGAAGUUGGUUUUGAAGUUUAUAGACAAUAUUUUAGACAUGGAUCAUUAAAUUUAUUCUUUUUAACUUGUGCACUUUAUUUCAUUAGUCAAAUCAUUUUCCAAUUAUCAGAUUUUUGGUUAACCAUUUGGACCAAUGAUGAAACCAAUCAACAUGAUGAUAAAUAUUACAUUUUAUAUUAUUGUAUAUUUAUUGGUGCAUUCAUUGUGUUUUUAGUGGUACGUUAUUUUAUGAUGGCUUCAAUUACAUUUGCAGCAUCGAAAAAGCUACAUUCGGAAUUAUUGAAUUCAGUUGCAUUUGCAAGUUGUCAAUUCUUUGAUACCAAUCCAUCAGGUCGUAUUUUAAAUAGAUUCAGUAAGGAUAUUAGUGAUAUCGAUUUAAUAUUGAUGGAGAAUUUCUCAGAUGUUCUUCAGUGUGGUUCAACUGUGGUUGUGGCAUUGUUUAUGAUGAUUUAUAUCACUCCAUUAAUUAGUAUACCAUUUGCAAUAUUAGUAGUGGUUUAUUAUGUAAUUCAAAAACUUUAUCGUGCUUCAUCGGUUGAAUUAAAGAGAAUGGAAAGUAUUACAAGAAGUCCAGUAUUUUCAUUAUUGGCAGAGGCAUAUAAUGGUUUGGUUACAAUAAGAUGUUAUCAACAACAAAAGAGAUUCAUUGAAAUGAUGCAAAAUCAUAUCAAUAUAAAUUUACGUUUAUUCUUUUACAGUUUUUCAGUUCAUAGAUGGGUUGGAAUUCGUUUGGAAUUCAUUACAGCUCUAAUUGUGUUUUUCACUGCAUUCUCUUCAUUAUUUAGUUCAAAUACUGGUUUCUCUGUAUUGGCUGUAACUACUGCAUUGGGAAUUUGUUCCUACUUAAAUUGGACUAUUAGACAAAUGACAGAGUUGGAGGUAAAGAUGAAUUCAGUUGAAAGAGUUGAAAGUUAUAUUAAAACCCCAAGAGAAGGUAUUAGACAUACUUCAGAAUUCGAGGAUGAAAUCGAUAUAGAUGGUGAAAUUGAAAUGGACUUUACAAAAUGGCCAUCAAGGGGUGAGGUUGAAUUUAAGAAUGUCGAAAUUAAAUAUCGUCCAACCGCAGAUCCAAGUUUAAAGAAUAUUUCAUUCAAAAUCAAUGCAAAAGAUCAUAUUGGUGUGGUUGGCCGUACUGGUGCAGGUAAAAGUACAGUUGGUAUUAGUUUAUUCCGUAUGGUUGAAUGUUCAAAAGGUUCAAUUUUCAUUGAUGGUGUUGAUAUUUCAAAAGUUGGUUUACAUGAACUUAGAGAUGCUUUAGGUAUCGUACCACAAGAUCCAUUCAUUUUCUCUGGUAGUAUUCGUAUGAAUAUUGAUCCAUUCAAUAAGUAUACUGAUGAUGAAAUUUGGACAGCCCUUGAAAAAGUUAAAUUAAAGGAUGCAAUCUCUUCAAUGCCUUUGAAAUUGGAAUCUGGAGUCCAAGAGAAUGGUGAUGGUUUAUCAUUUGGUCAAAAACAAUUAUUAUGUCUCUCAAGAACAAUUUUAAAGAAUUCUAAAGUGGUCCUAAUGGAUGAAGCUACCUCUGGUAUUGAUUAUGUUACUGCUGCAUUAUUAAAACAAACUAUCGACGAGAACUUUAAUGAUUGUACAAUGUUAACAAUAGCUCAUAGACUUGAUACUAUUAUAGAUAGUACUAAAAUAGCUGUAAUCGAUAAAGGUGAAUUAGUGGAAUAUGACACUCCAAUGAAUCUCAUUAAAACUGAAGGUUCAAGAUUUAAAAAAUUAGUUAAAUAUCAAACUGAUUUCUAUGAAGAAUCUCAAAAGAAGUUUUAA